AUGAAACAACUCAAAAAUGGACUUGAAAAAGAUGGACAAAGUUUGUCAAUGGUUCCUAGUUUUGUUACUGGCGUUCCAACUGGUAAUGAAAUUGGAACUUACCUUACCUUGGACCUUGGUGGUACAAACUUGCGAGUUUGUAAAGUUAUUCUUGAAGGUGGAAGAAAAAUUGGCAAUAUAAAGGGUCAACUAUAUGAAGUUUCUGAAGAUCUAAAAACAGGAGAUGUAACCAUUCUCUUUGAUUUUAUUGCAGAUUGUGUUAAAGAUCUUUUGUUAAAAGAGUGGGGAAAUAAUAUACAAGAAAAUGAUAAAAUUGAUUUAGGUUUUACUUUUUCAUUUCCAGUAAUUCAAACUGCCAUUGAUAAAGGCAUAUUGUUAAAAUGGACUAAAGGAUUUACAUGUACUGGUGCUGUGGGAAAUGAUAUAAUUUCUAUUUUACAAAAAUCACUUGAUCGUAAAUCUUUACCAGUUAAAGUUACUGCUUUGAUAAAUGAUACUGUUGGUAUUGCAUUAGCUCAUGCCUAUUAUCACUCUGAAGUUGUCUUGGGUGCCAUUCUUGGUACAGGUACAAAUGGUGCAUAUUUUGAACAAUUGGAAAAUAUUAAAAAAUUGAAUCAUAAUUUCAAUCCUUUGGAUAAAAUGAUUAUUAAUAUAGAAUGGGGUGCUUUUGAUAGUGAAAAAGUGAUACUUCCUAUUACACAAUAUGACAACAAAUUAGAUAAAGAAUCAAAUAAUCCAAAUUCUCAAAUCUUUGAAAAAUUAAUUUCUGGAAUGUAUUUGGGUGAGAUAACUCGUAAUAUUAUGUUAUAUCUAAUUGAUCGUUCAUUGCUCUUUAAUGGAUUAUCGUCAGAAAACUUUAAUAAGCAUUAUAUAUUUGAAACAAAAUAUAUGUCUAUUAUUGAAUCUGAUAAUACUGAAACUUUAGAAAAUACAAAACAAAUAUUGGAAAAUUUAUUUCAUAUCUCAACUACUAGUUUAACUGAUCGUCAAAUUGUUAAAAGAAUUUGUCAAUUGGUUGGUAUACGAGCUUCACGAUUAUCUUCUUUAGCAUUAGCAAGUAUAAUUAGUUAUUGUAAAAUGGAAAAAAGUAAAUGUUGUGUUGGAAUAGAUGGAUCAUUAUUUGAGAAAUAUCCCAAUUUUAGUGUACGUAUGCAUAAUACACUUAAAGAAUUUUUUGGUGAGAAUGCAGAUAAAAUUGGAUUACAUUAUACAAGUAAUGGAUCAAGUAUUGGAGCAGCUUUGGCUGCUCUUUUAGCAAAUCAAUCCAAAUUAUAA